AUGUGCACCCCGCCCGGCUCCCCCGCCGCCGCCGCGCCGGAGCCCGGGAGCCCGCCGCAGGAGCCGCCGCCGCCAGCCCCGGAGGAGCCGGCAGCAGCCGCCGCGGGCGGCGGGCGGCGGCGCAAGCGGCCGGUGCCGCGGGGCAAGCCGCCCUACAGCUACAUCGCCCUGAUCGCCAUGGCCAUCGCCCACGCGGCCGAGCGGCGGCUGACGCUGGGCGGCAUCUACCGCUUCAUCACCGAGCGCUUCCCCUUCUACCGCGAGAACCCCAAGAAGUGGCAGAACAGCAUCCGCCACAACCUCACCCUGAACGACUGCUUCGUCAAGGUGCCCCGCGAGCCGGGCCACCCGGGCAAGGGCAACUACUGGGCGCUGGACCCGGCGGCCGAGGACAUGUUCGACAACGGCAGCUUCCUCCGCCGCAGAAAGCGCUUCAAGCGGGCCGAGCUCGCCACCUACCCGGCCUACUCCGCCUUCAGCCCCGCCGCCCCCUACGCGCCCGCCGGCUACAGCCCGCCGCUGCCCGCCGGCGCCCCCUACCCGCGGGGCUUCACCAUCGACAGCCUCAUGGGCGGCGCCGAGCUGGGCCUGAGCCCCGCCGCCGAGCUGGGCGGCUGCCCCGAGCCCGCCUGCUUCCCGCCCGCCAGCCCGCUGGGCCGGGCCUACCCCUACUCCGCCUCGCCGCCGCUGCCCGGGCCCCCGAGCGGCUACUCCCCGCCCAGCAGCGCCCCGCUCUACGGCGCCGCCGGCCGGCUGGGCCUGCCGCCCGUGCGCGCCGCCGUCUCCUGCGCCGAGCACCGAGCCGCUCUUGGCGCUGGCCGGGCCGCAGUUCGGCCCCAAUCCCGCCUACAUGCGGCAGACGGGGUUCGCUUCGGGACUCGAACGGUACAUGUGACUCCGGCGCUGCUCUUCCCGGUGCCACUGGCUGUAGGAGCAGGGCCCAUGUACAACCCCUUUCCAUGUUGA